AUGCCGCGGAAGGACUUCCAGAGAGACCUCGCAGAUGCUCUUCUUCCAGCUGGAAGUGAGGAUGGUUCUUUUUACUUCACCUACACUUCUCCCUUCGACGCUCCAUCCAUCGAUGUGGAGGUAUCGGUUCCAGACAGCGCAGAGUAUCCUAGAGGACACCACUACUUUGUAUUCACUAUCUCGGAAAACGUUCCCGAGAAUGUUCCCCGAUUCCUGGAAGAUUCGCUCGAUAGUUUCCAUGGCCUCCCUCUUGGCGCUUUCCUGAACACCGUCUCCGAUUGCCUGAAUAGGGCUACUUCGGGCGAUGACGAUGGCCCCCGGGGUUUCCAGCAGGACAGCAGCGCUAACGACAGCGACCAGGAUUCCAGCGCUGAUGAGAUUGGCUGGGAGGUGGGCAGCGAUGUUGGUCUGGUUGUCAACCCACAGGCAAAAACUAUCGACGUGAAGAAGUGCAUCCGGGCCGAUCUUCGCAAAGCUCAAAAUGCUGGCUUUCGUGUAGGGUAUCUGGGUGAUCCAGAAGGCUCCAUCAUACUGUCGGCUUCUCGGCGCAUCUCCAAGCUAGGGAUCUCUGGUGAGGCCAUGGAGGCGUGGGGCGUCCGGCCGUCUCAGUAUCUCGUCCUCCUCAUUCGAUAUCCGUAUGGUUACCGGCGUCUAAUCGAUGUGGUCCAAAGGCCUGGAGGAUGCGGUAUGAUUAAACUAUAUGCUGGCGUCUGUGCGGAUUACAAGCCUAGUUUGAGCUCCGCGCUGCAUGUGUUUGCUAACGAAGCUGCACCUGGACCGCCUGAUCUAGGUCAGGAAACUAACAAGGAUAGCAUGGAGCCGGUUCUACACUCAAUAUUCAUUGGGAAGUCUCUCCAGGCCCUACUCAACAGUCGCUUCAUAGACAUCGUCAAAUACCGUUUAGAGAAGAAGUUCUCAUGGACAGGAGCAGAGCUGUACAUGAACGACGGUCAGGGAAGGCUCCUAGUCUCUGAUGAAUCAACAUGCCAGCAAAAAUACUUUGAGCCGGACUGGCGAGGGUCGCCGCCCAGCUUCCUCAAACAUGAUCACCUGGCUAAUACUGUGGAUCCAUCUGACAUGUCCUUACUCCUCGUCGCCAUGCAGUUUACAGUUCGCCGAUUCGUCAGGUGCACCGAAUUCUGUCUUAACUGCUACUGCAGGAUCGACGCUGGGUUUGAAGCCCUCAAACCGUUCGUGUGCUCAAAUGGACUGUGUCUGUACCAGUACAUGGCUCUUGGGAUGGGACCCAGCCUGGAAUGGGAGAUAUCGUCACAGCCAUACGUUGUCGACCUGCUCAUAAGCUUUGCUUAUAACAGAGCCGCUCAAGGGAAACUCAAAGACUUCCCGACCGGCUUUUCUUUGAAUGUGCCCAAUCCAAAUCGAUCUACGGAUCCCAAUAUGAGCCUCUAUGAAGGGAAGUUAAUUUACGAUACGAAAUACGGACCUACUAUUCAUAUGAACCAAGAUUACAGCAUUAAGAUUGGUGAUUGGAUCGUGAUUCUCCUGGAACCCCCUUCUCCUGAUACCAGCAACCAGGCGAACCGGCAUACUCCAGCGUAUAGCGAGCCCCCAGGGUUGACGCGGUCCAGAAAUGAGCUUCAUGCGCGGGUGAAAGAUAUCUCCGCUCAGCCCAUUAUAUACCUUUCAGACUUAAUAUUCCGCGGACAUUUGACGCAACUGAGGUCUCAAGAAUUUUACGCAGGAAAGGUACAGUUUGUCACUUACGAUACGGAUAUCAGCUCGCUGUCGCCGAGCAAAAGAGCCAGUGUGGCAUUGGAUCUUCUGGAUACCCUCCCUAGUGUACUAGAUAUGAAAUUAUAUAUCGAUCAAAAACGUGGUGGUCAACUCAGACCUCUUUCAGAAUGGCAGGAUAGGAUCAAUCUCUCGGCACUCUACAUACUCCAAUGGAUUGUCGGAUCUAACCGAUCAGUCAUCAUCUAUGACAAUAACCCGCAGCACCAGAUACCAGAGAUGGAAUCGUAUAUCCAGUUCCGCUUCGCGCAGGGCGCUCCGGACAAGGAACAGCGGUUUGUGGCGGCUGUCAACAAGACGGCUAAGCGGCUUAACCCCCAGUACCCGACGCUAUUUGCCUGGCACGGAAGCCCCUUGCACAAUUGGCACAGCAUCCUCAGAGAAGGCCUUCACUACAAGGAAGUUGUCAAUGGCAGAAGUUGUGGGAACGGUAUCUACAUGGCUCCGCAAUUUAACACUUCGAUCGGAUACAGUAGUCGACAUCACAACUAUAACGCAAACUCUUACUGGCCGCACAGUGUGCUGAAGAGUACAAUGGCUAUAGCUUUGAACGAGGUAGUAAAUGCUCCAGGAGAGUUUGUUUGCUCAGAGUCCUGCUAUGUGGUGCAGCACCUGGACUGGGUCCAGCCGAGAUAUCUUUUCGUCGACUCGAGGUUUCCAUCAGUGGGCCUUCCGUUACGGCCAAAGGCCGAGAAAUUGACGCACGUCUAUGCUCAGGAUCCGAACCGUCCUGUUUAUGGGAGUACUCAGGCAGUACUAACGAUCCCUAUCUCCGCAACAAACAGUCAUCGAUCCAGAGACGCAGCAGAGCCGCCACAGAGCCAACCGAGUCAGCCUAAGCCAAAUCCAGUGAAGGGGAAGCGCAAACUAUCUUCCAUUACAAAGGAUGUAUCACACCAUGACGGCGAUGACGAUGUCAGCGUUGAAACGCAUCCGGAGGACCGGCUGAUGUUGCUGUCGGACGACGAAGGCACCGACCGCAGAAAGCAGCGAAAAGACGAAUGUCUCACAAAUUUUUCCCCCGGUACGCUCGACCGCUCGUCUAUCCAGCUUCUUAGCGAACCAAGAUACGCAACACCUCGAGCAACACGCACUCUCCAGAGACUACUGCGCCAAGCCCUGGAAACUCAAGAGAAACAGGCCCUGCACGAACUAGGUUGGUACAUCAACGGCAACCUUAUCGACAAUGUCUACCAAUGGAUCGUCGAGCUGCACAGCUUUGAUAAGAGCUUGUCCAUUGCGAAAGACCUCGAAAAAGCUAGUAUGACAAGCAUCAUUUUAGAGAUGCGCUUUCCGGCUGACUUUCCGCUCGUUCCACCGUUCUUACGAAUCAUUCGGCCGCGAUUCGUUAGGUUCGCGCUGGGAGGCGGCGGCCAUAUCACCGCUGGCGGUGCGAUGUGCCUGGAGCUCCUGACGAACACGGGCUGGUUGCCGUCGUUUUCGAUCGAGAGUGUGCUGCUCCAGGUGCGGAUGGCGAUUACGAAUGAAUUCCCGCGGCCCGCGAGAUUGGAUUUCCAUGCGAAGGAGACGGAAUACAGGAUCGACGAGGCGAUCAAUGAGUACAAGAGGGUUUGCAUUGCUCAUGGCUGGGAGGUGCCUAAGGAUCUAGAGCAAAUUCGGUGGUAG